UGAACUCCAUGGUGAGCUGAACUAAGCAUGCCUACUAGUCAUUCUUUUAUAUAGCUCUAGGAGGUGAGAUUAGUCUGAUCAAUGGACGAGAUUAUUGCUUAACAGUUGACACCACUAUAAUGUCAGGAAUAUUCAAUCCUACCGUUGCCCGGUAGGAGAGGAUCCAACGGCCGAUGUGUAUCUUUCCAUGUGCGUAGUAGGCCCACGAACCUUAUCUCUUAUAGUCUUAUCUCGAGAAUGAAACACUUCUUCCCCCUCUCCUUCUUACCCUUCUUCUAGCACUUACUGUUUUGGAACCACGGGACAGAGUAUCAGGCUAAGCCACGCGAGAAAAUUUACCACUGGAACCCAUUGUAAGAAACUGAAGCACGUGAGAGCAGCAGAAGGAAUCUGAGCCUAGCUAAGGGUUUAUUUUUAGGAAUAAUAUCAGAGGGCUUAUUGUACUAUACGCAUACACAAACAUAUAUGUACUCCAUUAUUCAAGAGUUGCGAUAGGACAUUAAGAAGAGAUCUUCCAUUUAUAUAUUUUUUACCUAAUCUAAACUCUUCUACAGUUUUCAGGAAACAAUAAUUUCUAAUAGACCAAGGAAUUUUUUAAGUUAAGAAUUCCCAGCUAAAAAAAUACACCCACAUGGACAGGACGACACUAUCAUAUGGCGUGUUGGGUUCCAGAAUUACCCAAAUUAAGUCAGUAACCCAGCGUCUCUUUUAUUAGUUACAAAUCAAACCACUAGUAGGCAUAGAAAUGGAACAAUGCAUCGCACAUCCAACAGCAAUAAGUAGAGAAGUACUCCUCCGUCCAAAAAUAUUAUUUAUUUUAACUUUUUUAGGUACAUGACUUUAGCUACGUACCUAGACAUAGCAUCUAGAUCUAGGUGCAUAGCAAAAGUUAUGAGUCUAGAAAAAUUAAAAUGAAUAGUAAUUUGAGACGGAGGGAGUAGCGAUCCAGAUCGGUGAACACACCGACUGCCAUUGUCCCCAUGUGGCCAUGUCUUGUGCUGGUUAUAAUACUCAGUGCUCCUGCUCCGAUCCAACUCAAAGCAUCUCAAGAAAACAACAUGCAAGCAUAGUGCACAUGAUAUCUACUAUAUAUAAUAUAAUAUGGAUUUAUAUAUGGACAAGAAAGGAUGUGCUGCCAAGGAAGAAUUGUUUCAAAUGCAAAGAUAUACGUGCAAUAAUUGGCAUUUGCUAUCAAAGUCAGUUUUUAGUACUAUUCCACCGUGAAUCGCACACCGCGUGCCCUAACAAUGGCUGCAUGCAAGAUGUGGACACGCAGGAACGACCUAGAAAAAUAUGUAAUCAUACCAAUCAGCUUGUUAAGGCAUAUACUUAAAUUCGAAAUCAUACCAAUCAACUUGGCCUCGAUGCACAGUAAUGGAGAACAUAAGGGCUUGUUUGGGACUGCUCUACGCCACAGGUUUUGUAGUUCCGCUUCAGAUUUAUCUUGCCAAACACCUCCAGCUCCAAUUAUACCAACUCCAGAAAAAAGGUAGAUCUGGGGGGCAACUCCAAGAUUUUUCUGGAGCUCCUCUAAAGGUGCUCCCAAAAAACUAAUUUCAUACCUUCUCUUGGAGUUGGGUGAAAAUUACCCACCAAUGCUACUGUUUACACAUAACGAUUCGAGGGGAAUAAAAGCCUCGCGACUCCUGUUCCGCCGCCAUCUCCCCUUCCUCCGACCGUUCAACCCGCCAGCGCCGAUGGCCGGGCGUGGCCUGGCCGACAGCAUCCAGUCCAUGGCCUGCACUGAUGAAGAAUUGGAGCACGCCCUGGCCAGCGGCCUAGCUGGGGGCGGUCGUGGCCUGGCUGGUGGUGAUUGUGCCCAGGCUAGCAGCACCGAGUCCCUGGCCGGUGCUGACGCAUUCCUCGAAGACAGCCUGGCAAGAGGCCUGGCCAGGGGCGGCUGUGUCCUGGGGGCCGGUGGCCGUGGCUUGGGCGCAGGCGGCCGUGGCCUGGCUGGUGGCGGUCGUGGCCAGGCCGACAGCACUGAGCCCCUAGCCGGCACUGAGGCAUUUGUCGAAGACGGCCUGGCUGGGUUCGGCCGUGUCCUGGCCACGAGCGGCCGUGGCCUGGACGCGGGCGGUCGUGGCCUGGCCAAAGGUGGCUGUGGCCUGGGCAGGGGCAGCCACACCCUAGCUGGGGUUGACCCCGACCUUGAAGAGACCGUUCUUGGUGCUGAAGAUGCAAGUGUCGGCCAUGGCCGUGGGAAGAAGUGGGCAGGAAGAGGCCGGGGCCAAGGACAGAGCAAGAAACCCUCGAAGGCAGACAAAAAGAAUGAAGAAGAGGAGGUAUGUGAAUUGUCCUUGAAGUGUAAUUGCAACUCGUUUUGCCUUGCAAUACCGUACCUUGAAAUACCUCUUCUCAUGGCAUCUCUUACCAUUGUGUGUGCACAUUUGUCUAGCCCUAAGAUGUUUAUAGGCAGGCCAAAUGAGAAAAAUGCAUGCUUUUCAGUGUUGAAUGAAAUAAGAACAAAGAAAUUUACAGAGAUUAUUAUGAUUACAAUUACCUUCAUGAUGUACUCUGUGUGGAUACUCCUGUCUAAGCUUUUCGUAGACAUUGCCUACAACAUAAGUGUUGCUUCCAGGUUUGUUAGCUGUGCUAGGUACAAUGUGAUCGGUACUUGUUCAAUAGUUAACGGAGGAAAUUUUCAAAAAAUAGUUCAACUAUUGUUGGAAUUGAAAUACUUGCUAUGUUUGAAACAAGGUUUGAAACUCUGCUUCUACCUUCAUAAACAUAUCAAUGUCAGCAAAACUUUUUAGUCAAAUUCUUUGCUCAAACCUUGGGGUCAUAUUUGUGAUAUUUGAACAAUUGCUAGUGUUCGAAAUAGUUGAAAAUACAUGUGAUUAUCAUGGUUAGGGAGAUAUCAUGGACUGGACUGACGUAUACACUUCGAUCGCUUGUAACUUGUUUGCAGAACAAGUUAAGAAAGGUAAUAGAUCAAAUACACAUUUGAACUCUGUAGGCUAUACCAAAGUGUCAAAUAGGUUUUACCAGAUGAUAGGUAUUUAUCUUAGCAAGAUGCAACUGAAAAACAAGUGAGAUAAGUUGAAGAUAAAAUUAUCAGAAUGGAAUAGAUUAAUGAAGAGGCAAAUAGGAACAGGUUGGGACAGAAUAAAUGGUGUGAUUGACAUGGAUGAUGAGUGGUGGAGGGAGGCAAGGAAGGAUAUCCCAAGAUGCGGCGGCUUUAGGACAAACCUCUGCAAAAUGUGGAUGAUUUGACAGUUAUGUUUGGUGAUAUCAUUAAUGAUGAAACGGAUCAUUGGAACCCUAUGACUUCCAACCCUAUCAUACCCCAAAAUCAUGAUACUCCUAUUGAUGUAGACAAUGAUGAUGGUGAAAACCUUGAUGGUGGUAGGGAUGAUAUUCAUGUGUCCCCAACAGAAGAAGACAAUGGAGGUACUGCUGGGAGUGACAUUGAGGAGGUGUCCCCAUCCUUUGACAAAGGAAAAAGAAGAUCGAGGGUUGUCAUAGACAAAGGAAAGAAAGCAAAAACAGGUACAACACUUGUGAUUCAAGAAAAAUUGAGUGAGAUAGCUGAACAAGCCAAGGCUUUCACAUCAAGGAAGGUUGGCGAAGUUACUGUUGAACAAGUAAUGGACCUUGUCUUGGACUGUGGAGCGGGGUAUGGUACCGAUGAGCAUUUCAUUGCCACUGAGUUGUUUGUGAAGAAAGAUCAAUCAUGACUCUUCCAACUAAGAACAUUAGAUUCGGUUGGCUUACGAGGAAGUUCAACGCCAAAUAUGGGAAUUGAAGACCAUCAUUUGUGUUGUUGGAUGUCCUUUUCAUGUUAUUUUUUAUGUCAUUUGAACUUUAUCACUUCUUGAUUAUUUGGACGCCAUUUUCAUGUUAUUUUGUUAA